AUGGCCUCUAACCCUCCCGCUGCCUGCUGUGCCUCUGGCUUCAAGCACGAAGGAUCUCCCCUCGGCGAGAUCAAGGACAUCAACGGAGUCAACACCUACAUCGCGUCCCCCAAGGACAACAAGAACCCCGAUAAGGCCAUUAUCUUCCUGACCGACAUCUUCGGUAUCUUCAGCAACGCCCAGCUGCUCGCCGACGAGUUCGCCAACAAUGGCUACCUGACCGUCAUCCCGGAUCUUUUCCAGGGCGACCAGAUCAAGGUCAGCGACAUGGAGUCCGGCAAGGCCGAUCUCCCCGCAUGGCUCCCUAACCACCAGACCGCCAAUGUCGACCCCGUCGUCGAGGCGACCGUCAAGUACGUCCGUGAGACCCUCGGCGUGAAGCAGGUCGGCGCUGUUGGCUACUGCUUCGGCGGUAAGUACGUCUGCCGUUUCCUCAAGCCCGGCCAGAUUGACGUCGGCUACUCCGCUCACCCCUCUUUCGUCACGCACGAGGAACUCGGCGCCGUCAAGGGCCCCCUCUCCAUCGCUGCUGCUGAGGUCGACCAGAUCUUCACCACCCAGCUCCGUCAUGAGUCUGAGGAUAUUCUCAUCAAGACUGCCCAGCCUUGGCAGAUCAACCUCUUCAGCGGCGUUAGCCAUGGCUUCGCUGUGCGCGCUGACCUGAAAGACCCCAAGCAGAAGUGGGCUAAGGAGCAGGCCUUCUGCCAGGCUGUCGCUUGGUUCAACGAGCACUUGUCUGGUGCUGGAAAGGCGAACCUUUAA